UUAAAUCUUUAAUCUCUUUUUUUUUUUUUCUAUCUUUCUAUUAAAAUCACUGUUUUGUCGAUCUUUGUUAGCAAGCUUUGGGAAUUUCGUCAAUGGAGCCCGACGUUGUGGAGAUCGCUCCUCCUCCUCUGAUCGCUUCAGUCUCGAGGAAUCGUAAACCCAGAAAGGCUUUUCCUGAAGUGAUUGAUGUGGAAAAUUAUGAAUUCCGCAAUGGUGGUGGUGUUCUAAACAAUAACAAUAUUGUUGAUAAGAAGAACAAAGGGAAAGCUAUACAAGUUGACUCCUUUUCUUACGACAACGCUCAAUCUCAUCAUCCUCUUGGUCACAAUAACCCUUAUGUUCCAUUAGCUAACCAACCAAUUGAUGUUGAUGACUACGCAAUGUUUCAAGACGUUCUGGAUCCUAAGAAUGUCCCAGCUGGUGCAGAGAUGAUGGUACCUUGGGGUUUAAAUUCAGGCAGUAAGGGCACAGUGAAAUCAAGUAGAAGCAUGUUUAGAAGUCAAUCGAUGAAAGAAACUGGAAACUCAUCUCUGGCAGCUACUCCUGUUACUCAAUCAUGGGAUUAUUCUUCUAGUUCGUUUUUGCCACAGCAGAAUCAGGCUAUAUAUCCUUCUGGUUCGUAUUUGCCACAGCACAACCAGGCUAUCUAUUCUUCUGGUUCGUUUUUACCUCAGCACAAUCAAGCUAUCUAUUCUUCUGCAUCGUUUUCUGUGGUUCAGCCUCAGACUCCUGAUGUAGUGAUGGUCCCAAGCCUUUUUAGAAAUGGGGUUAUGUCUUCAGUUCAGAAUUCUUCAAGUGUUAGGAAACUGAAGGAAGAUUUUCUGCGAGAUUAUAAACGAUUUGACACCGUUGAUGAUUUCUCAGAUCAUCACUAUGCUUCUAAGGGGAAAGCUACAAAGCAGCACUCAAAGAAUUGGGUGAAAAAGGUUCAAACAGAUUGGAAGAUUCUUGAGAACGAUUUGCCAGAGGCAAUAUUUGUUAGAGCCUGUGAAUCGAGAAUGGAUCUUUUGAGAGCUGUAAUUAUUGGAGCCGAGGGAACUCCUUACCAUGACGGCCUUUUCUUUUUCGAUAUUCAGUUCCCAGAUAACUAUCCUUCAGUGCCACCAAAAGUUCAUUACCAUUCCGGUGGGCUUAGGAUCAACCCGAAUCUAUACAAUUGUGGUAAAGUAUGCUUGAGUCUUCUCGGUACCUGGUCCGGUAGCUCAAGGGAGCUAUGGCUUCCAAAGGAAUCCACAAUGUUACAGCUUCUUGUCUCAAUCCAAGCACUCAUCUUGAAUCAAAAACCAUACUUUAACGAACCUGGCUAUGAACGGAGUAAGGGGACUCCAUCAGGCGAGUCUCAUUCUACAGUUUACAGUGAGAAUGUAUUCGUAUUGUCGUUAAAGACUAUGGUUUACAGCAUGAAAAAACCACCUAAGCAUUUUGAAGAGUUUGUACGUUGCCAUUACUUCGUCCGGUCUCACGACAUAGUGAAAGCGUGCAAUGCUUAUAAAGAUGGAGCUCCUCUUGGAUCAAUGGUUAAAGGCGGAGUCCAAGACCUUGAACAAACUAGCCUGGGCGGCUCCAAGAAGUUUAGGAGCGAUGUAGCUAUCUAUAUGCAGACAGUGGUUGAUGAAUUCGUAAAAUUAGGAGUCAAGGAGCUUGCAGAGAAACCAAAGCCACCUGAGAGCAACCCUAACACAAAGAUUCAGAGCAAUACAACUAACCGUAAGAGAAGCAGAUCAUCAAGGUUUUUCUUCAUUUUUGUGAUAAUUGUUGUUUUGUUGGCAUUUGGUAUAGCAUCAAAGACUUUCUAGCAAAUAUCGGACGAUGCGUUUUUCAGCAGUAGGAUUUGAUUGAGUGAGUAGUCGUAACAACAACGUAUCCAAGUUGAAGACGACUCGAGAUUAGGAGACUUGGUGGUGCCUUGUGGAUCUAUCUAACAUUGGAGUAGGAGACUAAAACUUUAGCCUUUUCCUUUUUACUAUUCUUGAUCUAUGAAUUACAAUAAUCUUUCUUUUUCCCCCGGUUUUGAAAAGUGGUUUAGGAACAAAAAUUGAACCGACAAUUUGAUGUUCUGUUUCUGGCUAAACCUGCCACAUGCUAAAAGGUGAAUCAAUGAGAGGUUGCAUUAGCAAA